AUGCCUCCACCUAGAGGUGAGUGGCGUUUCCCUGUUUCUGCUUUGGGAGCUGGUGAGAGGCUGAUGGCAUGGAGACAACUCAACAGACUGCUCCUAGACGCUAAGAGGCAGCUCGACGCUGGACGCUACCGACUCCUCAAGCAAAUGAGGCUGCUGCUGGCGCAGUCAAAUUCUCCCUUCAACAAUUUCUACCAGCUGCGGCGGGGGUAUCGCCUGCUAAACAUGCUUGGAAGGGGAGGCUUUGCCGAAGUGUGGGAGGUAUUCGAUCCACUGACGUGUUCUGUGGCAGCCGCAAAACUGCAUGUCCUUUCGGCCGUGAAGAAGGAGAGGGAGCGUCUUAAGAUAGUUCGGCGAGUUCAGAACGAAAUCGAAAUUCACAAAGAUAUAAGACCGCAUCCUUUUAUCGUGGAAAUGAAAGCGUGCUUUGAGAUGGGUAACGACGUCUUGGCCAGCAUCCUCCAGGCCUUGCAUUAUUUGAAACACCAACCGAACGGAAGUAUUUACCACCUCGACGUGAAACCUGGAAACGUGCUGCUGCAAAAAGGCAACUGCAAGCUGGCAGACUUUGGCUUGAGCUGCUUCGUCCCACGCGGAGAAACGCGGCCGUUCGCCGGAGGCGGCACUCUCUGGUAUCAGCCUCCCGAGUGCUUGCUGCUGCAGCUGCACCAACACCACCUCCGGCAGAAGCAGCAGCAGCAACAACAACAGAUCCCUCAGCAGCAGCAGCAGCAGAUGGCAGGGGAAAUGGGGAGGGAACAUGUCAAGGGAGAACUCGCAUCCACAGAGAAGCAAGAGCAGCGACUGGAGUUGCUUGAAGUGGUGCCUGCAGAUGAAAAGAUCGACAUAUGGGCUGUGGGCUGUAUUCUCUUCGAGAUGCUUUUUAACAAGUGUGUGGAUACUGUUCGGAAAGAAAUUUCUGGAGCUGUUAAUGGUGGUGGUGGUGCUAUCGUUGCGCAUUUUCUGUUAGAGCACAUUAUCGCCGAAGCAAAGAAGGGCCUUGUUAUCCCCAAAGGACCCCGCAAGAUUUCGGAUGGAGCAGAGGAUUUACUGUACCGUCUAUUAGCUUACAACCCAAGGGAGCGCCUUACUCUUGAAGAGGCCCUUGCCCACGACUUUCUUCAGAGAUCCUCCGAAGAACAGGGGAUAGCAGACCGAAUAGAAGAAACUCUAGUUGCACUAGAAAGGCUCUCAGUAGGAGCCUGCCUUUGCAGCUCUGCACGGGGCCAAAAAGUUGCAGCUAAGGCCGAGAAUUUAGUGCAAGCUGUAGUGGAGCCUUUCUUUGCUCAUCGCGGAACUGGAGAAGAUAUCGAAUCAACAUUAACUCGACAGCAUAUGUGCGAUUUGUGA